UCCGGUUGCUGCUGGUCCCGGAGGAGGAGGGAGACAGCCACAGCGGGGGCUGUGCCGCCCGGCCCAGCGCGGCCUCCUCCGCCCUCCUCCGCCUCGCGACGCCCUCGGGGCGGCAGCUGCGCCGCCGGCAGGUAUGUCAGAACACAGGAAUGAAUCCACAGCACUUGAUGAAAUUCAUCCAGAUGGAGAAGAGGUCCAGACUGACUCUGAGGAAGGUGCAAUGGCUCAAGAGUCUCCCAAAAAUUCAGCAGCUGAAAUUCCUGUGACAAGCAAUGGACAGCUGGAAGAUUCUCAUGAACACAGCUUUAACAGGGACUUGAAACGUUCAUUACCAGCUGGACUUGGACUCUCUGAAACCAAAAUAACGUCUCAUGGCUUUGACAGCACCAAAGAGGGAGUUGUUGAGAAAGGACCGUUUCCAGGGAAAGGUUCCUCAGCAUCACCCAAAUCGUCUGUUAUAUCUGCCAGCAGUGCAGCAGCUAGCAGACUGGCUGGACAAGGUUGUGAUUUAAUUAUUCCCACAGGGGGUAGAGCUCAGCAGAAGAGUGGACCUGUUGUGUUAGCAGAUGAAGUGAAGAAUCCAGCAAUGGAGAAGUUGGAAUUGGUGAGAAAGUGGAGCCUGAAUACUUACAAGUGUACACGUCAGAUCAUCUCUGAAAAACUGGGUCGUGGCUCAAGAACAGUAGAUCUGGAAUUGGAAGCUCAAAUAGAUAUAUUGAGAGAUAACAAAAAAAAGUAUGAAAAUAUCUUGAGACUGGCACAGACACUGUCUACACAGCUCUUCCAGAUGGUACAUACCCAAAGGCAACUUGGAGAUGCUUUUGCUGACCUGAGUUUGAAAUCAUUGGAACUUCAUGAGGAGUUUGGCUACAAUGCAGAUACGCAGAAACUUCUAGCUAAAAAUGGAGAGACUCUUCUCGGGGCUAUUAACUUUUUUAUUGCCAGUGUGAAUACAUUGGUGAAUAAAACAAUUGAGGAUACAUUAUUGACUGUGAAACAAUAUGAAAGUGCCAGGAUUGAAUAUGAUGCUUAUCGAACAGACCUGGAAGAGCUGAAUCUUGGCCCUCGUGAUGCAAACACUCUACCAAAGAUUGAGCAAUCACAACAGAUGUUUCAAGUGCAUAAAGAGAAAUACGACAAAAUGCGUAACGAUGUAUCUAUCAAAUUGAAAUUUCUGGAAGAAAAUAAGGUGAAGGUCUUGCACAAUCAGCUUGUCCUGUUCCACAAUGCUAUUGCAGCGUACUUUGCUGGGAAUCAAAAGCAGCUUGAACAGACACUUAAACAGUUUCACAUCAAAUUGAAAACUCCUGGAGCAGACGCUCCAUCUUGGCUUGAAGAACAGUAAUCAAAGAAGAGGACCCAAUGUUAACCUAAAAUCUAUAAAUCUCAUAAGAAGUAAGGGUUGGGGUUGGAGGACUGUUGUAGUGAUUCUUGCACAGACAGCUUUAAUUUUCUUCCCUUUUAUGACACUGUAAAACUGAAUUUGUUGGGAAAAUGGGUAACUUUAACUAGACAUAAUUUCUAUCAUUUCAAAUACAGAACACUCCUUUUGUACGUGAAGGCUGGUGGUUAUUUCUGUAGCUGGGAUGGGGGGAGAGGGAGGGAGGGAAAAAAAUAACUAUAUAGAUUUGCACUGACUGAUUAUGUUUGUGAUUUCUGGUCAUUUUGGUGGCCAGUCAAAAUAUUUCCAAAUGGAGAUUUACAUGGUUUGUACCAACAUCUGGUAUUUUAUAGACAAAUGUAGAAAGCAUCUUUAAUAAUUUUCAUAUGACUUUUAAAAAGGAGAGAGUUAAAAGAAUAUUUUGCAAAUUAAUAAUAUAAGGCUUGUAUGCAGUACAUGCAUAUAAGGCAGCAGUAGCGGUUGGCUCUGACUAGUGGAAUUGCAGCAGAUGCCUUUUUAAAAGAUGUACCUUCCCACUGUAGGGUUUAAAAAAAACCAAAACACUAAAGCAAGAAUCACUGUUGGUCUGAGGCUUCUAAGCACACAUCUUUGCUUUGCACCAAGUGGUUUGCUGAGUGAGGCCAACCAUACCAUGUACUAAUUUCAUUUAAAAUUUUACUUUAUGGGAAAAGAAAAAAAAAACAACCAUACUAGCCUUAAAUCACAGGUAUGUGCCUUUUUAUAAGAUAAUAUUUUCAACCAGUGUACAUAAUCCAAGAACCCUUUCACGUAACGGUUUGUCAGUUCCCAGCGUAGGAAAGGAGACUGUAUAAAUACUGUUUGUUUGUACACUUAGAGCAAGUAAAAACUUGAGUCAACCUUCAUGGAGACGUACAGUUUUGAGUGAGGAAAUUGGGCCAGUAUGAUUUUUCUGUUUAAUUGAAAAGCAUACUCUCUGUAAUGAGAGCAAUGUGGAGGAUACUUCUUUUUAAUUUCUCCGUCUGUAGUGAAGUCCUUCUUCAAAUGUAAAAUCCUGUCAGUUUUAUCAUAUCUAUUUUAAAUUCAGUUUAUUGGAGUCCUCGUUUGCACACGUUACAUUGCUUUGUGUUCUAUGAAGUAAAAUUGAAGUACUUCAGAUAUGUUAUUUACAACUGUGUGGGUUAUAUGAUUUAUAUACUGUACGUUCAAAUGCCUUUCAGCUGACAUUCUUAAAGUUUUCAAUGCUUAACAGAAUUGUAAUGUAACUGUAAAUCAAACUUUUUAAUCAUUCCUCAUUAAAUUCUUGGCCUGACAGAGCCUUCUUUGUUUUGAUUCUGUCAGAAUCUCUUGUAAUAGUUAAUUUACAUUCCCCAGAAUGUAUAUCCUAUGUGAAUUUUGUAUUCAUAUUAAAGAUGUUUGCAGCCAAA